CACAGAAGAAGGUCGCUGCGUGUUCGUCUGCACUCCUUGUACCAGUACAUCAUUGUUGCGCCACCACAAACAGCAAAAGCUAUCCCUAUUAGCGCAUCAACGGCUGCCUAAUUGAAUAUAGAGACAUUGAAAAUGCGCAUCAGCAGUCUUCUCUCUGCGUUAUGCGCCAUUUCAAUGGCCAGCGCGACGCCAAAGACUGUCGAAGUGUCUAUCCAACCUAUCGAAGCUGCCGCGAAACCCGCACCCCUUGCUGAGAUUGCCUUUGACCUGGCAUCAUCAGGAGAACCUUCGAUCGAAUCUUACGAUGCUCCGGACCUUCCCGAGGAUACAAAGACCGUGCGCAUUGGUCUCUACGACAGCAAGGCCAAGGCGUGGACGUCGGGCACUACAGUAGCCUCGGUAGAAAACUUCAGCAAAGGCUAUUCGCCACACAUUAUCCUUUCGGUAGAUGCACAGGGCCAGGUUGUCAGCGCUGCUCUCAAGGGAGUUCGAAUUGAUGCUGGACAGACAAGAGAUUUUGGUCCCAAAGCGAUGGUCAUUGGCGCAACAAAAGGCACCCAACCACAGCUCAAUAAGCCCAUUGCGCUAUCAGCAGAGGGCAAGAAGCUUCCUGAUGAACCGGAAAAGUCGUUUCUCCAAAAAUACUGGUGGGCGAUAGCUAUAGGUGCAGUAGUGCUACUUGGCGGUGCAGGUGGUGAAAAAUAAGCACAUACGAAUGGUACAACAAUAGAAUUUUCAGCAUAUAAUUUCACAGCAUUUCUUUGUCCAUCUUUUUACACCACAUAGUUGUUACUAUCCCUUUGAAGGAAGACUGCCCACCACAGCCGAAUAUGUGAUCAAUGGCCACCUCGCUUGGAGAUGUCGCCUAGCAAGAUAAAGAACACGUCUGGUAUUCUCUAUGGGAACAGGUAUUUAGGAAAUAGCCAGCGAAAUUACAAUUGGAUUGUAAGAUAUUUGCAUCUGCGGAGCUCAUACCAGCGAUGCCCCAGCCAAAGGAACUGUCCAACUUGCAGCACCGUUGCCACCACAAUAACAUAUGGUAAAGGGCAGCGAUAGACCCUUGUC